AUGGAUACAAAUAAUAAAAACAAGAAAGGUGGUACAAAACGAAAUUUUAUAAUGAUUUGUUUUGCUUAUACCUGUGCAACUACAUCAUUAAAUGCAGUUGUUAAUUUACAAUCAAGUCUCAAUACAGAUAAAGAUGUUGGUCUCAAUUCUGUAGCAAUUACAUAUGGUGCUUCCUUACUUACAUGUAUUUUCUUAACAGCUCCACUUGGAUAUAUUUUUGGUUACAAAUGGUCAAUUGUCGGAGAACAAUUUGGUAUAUUGGUAUAUGUUGCAUCUAAUAUGUAUCCCAAACAAUGGCUAAUGUAUUCGACUGCAGUCAUAUGUGGAAGUCUUCGAGCUUGUUUCUCCAUGGCUCAAGAUUCUUACGUAACUGCACUUGCAAAUGAUGAAAGUGAGAAUGAUGAUGAUGCUGAGAUAAAAACUAGAAAAUAUUUUGGUAUUUUCUUUACUGCAUUUCAGUCAGCUCAAAUAUGGGGUAAUCUCAUAUCAUAUUUAGUCUUACGAAACACUCCAAAAACUACAAAUACUAAUUCCAUACAAUGUGGAGCUAAUUUCUUAACAAGUGAACAUCAAAUGCAAGAUGACAAUCAUCAACUUAUAUCUCAGAAAACGAUUUAUAUUCUUUAUAGUGCACUUAGUGGUAUUAUCUUUGUGUCGAUAGUGUUGACCAUCAUUUUUCUUGUUCAGAGACGUGACAAUAAAAAAGAAGAUGAUUCUCAAGGAUUAUUACGAAAAUCACUUAAUUCUAUAUUAUCAACAUGGAAAACGGCGUUAAAACCAAAUCAUCUUCUACUCAUACCACUUGGAUUUUGGACGCUUUCCGGUGAAGCGUUCUUUAUGGGAGCUUUCACAAAUAGCUUUAUUACAUGUACAAUUGGUGUUCAAUAUGUUGGUUUGAUUAUGACAAUAUAUGGUAUAAUAGCUACUGCUGCUUCGAUUAUCGUUACUUACAUAGUUAAAUUAAAAUACAGUCGACCAGUAUGCUUUCUAAUCUCAUCGUUGUUAAGCUAUACUAUAUUCGUUGUUAUGCUUGUGUGGAAACCAACAGUCUCACAAACUUAUGUGUUAUUUAUCAUUCCAUAUUUAUCAAGUAUUGUAGAUGGACUUACAGAACCAUUUAUCACAGGUUUUACAUAA